CCCAGUAAACAUCUGUGCUUUUUCGGAGUCCCUUCCUAUGAAUAUUUGCCUGUAUAACUAUCUACACUGGGAAAGAUGAAGAUCGGCGUUCACCCCGGCAGGGCAUGGCUCUGCAGUAGCCACGGGUAUUUCUCGGCUCCGGCUCCGAGCGGCAGUGAUGGAGACAGGACGCUCGGGUAAUCAUGGCGAAGAAUAAACAGAAAGGAAAAAAACAGAACGUCUUUCAAGUGGCAAACAAGAAAAUAAAGCCCAAGAGCAAGGCCAAACCUGUCAAAACAACGCUCAAACACAUCAACGCAGUGAAAAACGAGAAAGUGGAGAAUCUCAAUCAAAUCUUCACAGAGGUCCAGAGGGACGUCAAGAGUGUUUCGAAAUGCAUUGCACCUAAACCCAAGACACCAGCAAAGGUUGUCAAAGAGCCGCCGAGGGAGUCUGUAAACGUGGACAGUGCUGCCCAGCUCCUCUCACAGUUAUGAGAGACUCUGGCAAAGCCACAGAACAUGUGGAGGAUCAGAGCUGCUUCCUAGGUGAAGUUCCCGCGUCUUUGAACCUGUGAACAAACUGUCACAUGGCAUCCGGUACAGCUGUGGGGAGAUGUGAUCGCAUUUUAAAAAAAACUAGACGUCUUCACUGUAUGGAAAGGGAAUGAAUGACAUGUGUCAUGGAAGCAUUUAGCAUUGCAUUAGCAGCAGACGGUUAGUGGAUGGACAGCAUGGCAUACUGCUAAUUGUGAUACUGUGUCAGCAUGGUGGCAGAUUUUUAUUUUUUUGAUUGACAUAUAAUAUCCUUUUGUUUUUGAGAUUUGGCUUAAAGCUUAUGCAUUGACAAAUUUUUUAUUAAAUGAAUAAUGUGUUAAUAUGGUUAUCUGUCAUGCAAGCAUGGAUAAAUAUGCAUUCAAAGGUAACAUGAAGGUUAUUUUCCAAGAUAAUCUCCACGAGAGACGUUUUAUUUUGCAUAUGCAAUUUCUAAUCCUUAUCUCUGCAUUUGAUGUUGGGUACCGUAAGGGGCUUUUCCAGUGUGUGUCACGGCAAUUCAAGCUAAAGUGCUUUUGUAUGUAAAGCUGCACUCCUGAAGAUUUACAUGCAAAUACAUGGUCUA